AUGAUCACUUUCUCCAAUUCGUCAAAGAAUCUAUCCAUCUUCUUCAGGUCAAAAAGAAAUCAUAAACUUUACAACACCCAAUCAAGAUCCAUUCCGAUAACCUCCCCUGUUCCCACUCAUGACCAGAUUUCCCACCUCAUAUUAGAUCAAAAGUCAGCAUCGGAAGCUCUCAACACCUUCAGAUGGGCGUCCAAACUCCCCCAUUUCACUCACACCCAAUCCACCUACAGAGCUCUUGUCCACAAGCUCUGUACUUUUCGUCAUUUCGACACCAUCCACCAACUGCUCGAUGAAAUGCCCAGCUCAAUCGGCUCACCCCCAGACGAUACUGUCUUCAUAACCAUCAUCCGUGGGUUAGGCAACGCUCGAAUGGUCAGACAAGUAAUCAAUGUUCUUGACUUAGUUUCAAGAUUCAAAGAAAAACCUAACCUGAAAAUCUACAAUUCAAUACUCGAUGUUCUUGUCAAGGAAGAUAUUGACAUAGCCAGAGGCUUUUACAGACACAAGAUGAUGGCUUGUGGUGUUAAAGGUGAUAUGUACACUUUCGGGAUCUUAACAAAGGGACUUUGCAUGACAAAUCGCAUAUCAGAUGCUUUUAAGCUUUUACAAUUCAUGAAGAAAAACAGUAUCCCCCCAAACACUGUCAUAUACAACACCUUACUCCAUGCUCUUUGCAAGAAUGGGAAACUUGGGGUAGGAAGGGCCAGGAGUUUGAUGAAAGAGAUAGUAAAUCCAAACAGUGUCACUUUCAAUAUCUUAAUAACCGCAUACUGUAAAGAAGAUAACAUAAUUCAAGCACUUGUCAUGUUAGAAAAAUGUUUCAAUCUUGGAUUUGUCCCUGAUGUCAUCGCAAUAACCAAAAUAAUGGAACUUUUAUGUAACAAGAAUCGUGCCAUGGAAGCAGUGGAGGUUUUAGAAAGGGUAGAGAAGAAAGGUGGCAAGAUUGAUGUGGUGGCUUACAACACUCUUGUGAAGGGUUUCUGUAAAAUCAAGAAACCAAAGGCUGCACAUAGGUUUUUAAAGGAGAUGGAGUUGAAGGGUAUUCUUCCAAAUGCAGACACUUAUAAUUCUUUAAUAUAUGGAUUUUGUGAGUUGGGUUUGUUCGAUUCGGCUCUUGAUAUGUUUCAUGAGAUGAAAAGGGUCGGGGUCAUUUGGAAUUUUGAUACAUUUGAUAUUUUAAUUCGCGGGUUUUGUUCAAAAGGAAGGGUAGAAGAUGGGCAUAAGAUCUUGGAAGUAAUGGAGGAUAGUAAAAGUGGUUCUUCAAAUCAUAUAAGUCCUUAUAACAGCAUCAUAUAUGGUUUCUAUAAAGCGAACCGAGUUGACUCGGCUCUUGACUUUUUAACCAAGAUGGGGACAAAAUUUCCGAGAAGUGUUGAUAGAAGCAAACAGAUAUUAACAUUUUGCAAGGAGGGUAGAAUGGGAAAUGCGAAAAAGAUAUACGAUGAGAUGAUUCUAAAAGGUGGAGUCCCAAGUGUUCUUGUUUAUAUAAGUUUGAUUCGAGGGUUUUGUGAAGAAAACAUGGUGAGAGAUGCUUUUGAGAUUGUGGAUGUGAUGGUGUCAUGUGGUUAUGUUCCUGAUGUUUUGAUUAUUGGGGAUUUGAUUAAUGGGCUUUGUGGUGAGGGUAAAGUUGGAAGUGCGAUGCUAUUUUUGGAGGAUAUGGUUGGAAGAGGUUGGGUGGUGGAUUCGGGUAGUUAUAGUCCUUUGAUUGAUGGGUAUUGUAAGAGAGGGGAUUUGCAUAAGGGGUUGAUGUUGUUUAUGGAGAUGGUGGAAAAGGGAAUUGUUCCUGAUUAUUUUGCUUGGAAUUGUGUAGUUGAGUGUGUUGUUAGGGUAGUAGAAGACGGGAAUAAAAUGUUGGAAUGCCUCGUUGAAACCUAA